UUAUCUUUGUCAGAGGAAGAAUGCUUUUUAAAACAGUUCUUACGAGAUUUGAUGUAACUUAAUUUUUCCUGGAAAGGAAAUGUCUCGUCUCUGGUAUGGGAAAAAAGGGAGAAGGCAUCAACCAAUUAAUCAUAAAUAUACUCUGAUUACUACAAGGGAAGACAUAAAUUCAAAGCAGGUUGCUCCAGUGAAAGCAGACCUGGAGUCUGAAUCUUUUCGACCAAACCUAAGUGAUCCCAGUGAACUCUUACUGCCAGAUCAAAUUGAAAAGCUUACCAAGCAUCUUCCACCAAGAACGAUUGGCUAUCCAUGGACUCUUGUUUAUGGUACUGGGAAGCAUGGCACAAGCUUGAAGACCCUUUAUCGAACAAUGACAGGUUUAGAUACCCCAGUGCUGAUGGUGAUUAAAGACAGUGAUGGGCAGGUUUUUGGUGCAUUAGCUUCUGAGCCAUUUAAAAUUAGUGAUGGCUUUUAUGGUACUGGAGAGACCUUUGUUUUUACAUUCUGUCCAGAAUUUGAGGUCUUUAAAUGGACAGGAGAUAAUAUGUUUUUUAUCAAAGGAGACAUGGAUUCACUAGCUUUUGGAGGUGGAGGAGGAGAAUUUGCCCUUUGGCUUGAUGGUGAUCUCUACCAUGGAAGAAGCCAUUCUUGUAAAACAUUUGGGAAUCAUACACUUUCUAAGAAGGAAGAUUUCUUUAUCCAAGACAUUGAAAUCUGGGCUUUUGAAUAAAUACAAUGCUCUCUGUCUUAGCAGGAUAAUGGCUCAAACCUGACAUGAACAAACAAUGUUUGGAAAGUUCAAGAAGCAAUACAAUGUAACAUGUCACUCAUGCUUCAAAAUUAGUCCAUAUCAUUUAUUAUAGCUAUGAUUUUGGAAUUUAUUUUUGAAAUCAUGUUUCCCAGAGUUCUUUAGGCUUAGACCAUGGCAUGGGUCUGUGUGUGUAACAGCUUGGGUUUUGUCAGAAUUUUGGCAGCAUUUUGAUUGUUGUGACCACCUCAUCUGCAUCCUAUGUUAUCCUGGUCUCCUAAUAGAAUGGUGCUCUUUUUUUGAACAUGUUUUGGUUUAUUUUUAGAAUUAUAUUGGUUUUAUUAGAGCAGUCUAAUGGGCAUUGAGGGAAUGAAGACUAGGUACUGCUCUCUGAGGUUGGCACAAAUGACAUUUGGACUUGCUUAACUUAGUCAUUCUUAAAAAGAAAAAACACUUGCCAAAUAGAACUUCAUAGACCACUGAGUUCUGGUUUUAAAUCAUACUGUAAUAUUUUCUUUAUUAAUUUUUCAGGUAUUCUCAGUAAUUUUAUUUAGUAAAAAUGAAAUACAAGAAUUCUAGUUGUAGUAGACAGUGAUACAUGUGAUCUGCAGGUUUGGGCAUAUGCUUUCAUCAUUGGAUUAUCCAAUAGAGUUAUAAAAUGACAAAGGAGAAUAAGAACUUGAUGAUUCAAUGGGAUUUAAUAUGUCAAGCAAGAAAAUAGACUAUUUACAUAUUUGUAGCUUAGCGCAGGGCAUUAUCAUAAGUACAAAAACUAUGAAACAGAUGCAUAUUUCUUCAAUAUAUUGUGUCAGGUGUACUGUUUUAUAGUUAUUUUGUUUUAGCCUUGUUGCACACCAACUCCCAAAAUAUAGGUUACUGUUCACAAGGAAAAGAAUGAUUUUUUUUUAGUGGUAUAUGUUAUUAAUUAUUAGAUUUUGCUGUAAUAAAAGGACAAUGAUUAUAGUAGACAAUAUUGUAACUCAGUAGUCUUGCUGAAUAUGCAAACUUAUUGUGAAGUGGCCUCACAAAAAAAUACAGAAAGGUAGAAUAUACUAGUAGUUCUUAAUCUUCUUUUGUAGGAAACCAAUAAUAAGCCAUUGUGGCAAUAAUUCAUCAAUUAAUUUUAAAGCUUCAUGUUAUGCAAAAAAAAAAUCCUGCUGUUAUACAUGUGUCAGUGACUUUGUGCUGAAAUUUCAGCUCUUCCAGAUAAACAUUGUAUAUUAUCUUGUAAAUUAAUGUUUAAAGGUAGUUUUGUUCUUAUAGAAAGUGUUGAUUGCCAGGUUGCUUACAGCACUUUAAAUUAUUCUAAAAAUGAAAUUAUAAGCCAGAUAUGUUGGCUAAGUAGCUCUAGUUGUAUAGCACUUGAAUAUAUUUAGACCUUUUGAAAGUUCAGAUAAUUAUCUAAAGAAAGCAUAAUGCUAAUGGAAAAGAAAAUCUGAUGUUCUAUUUAAUAUGCUAUUGCUGAAUAUGAAUAGAAAUGCAGGCAUCAUUUCCUUGUCUGUGUAAAGCUCUUGUAAGUUAGUAACAGUUUAUAGAUUAAAUGUUUACAAUAAAGGGAAUUGUAAAUAAAUAUAUUGUUUUUCCCCCCUUUGGUCUUCCACCAAAAAGCAGUAUUAUUGUCUUCGUGGAGUUGACUAAUCAUUUAAAAAAAAAAAAUCCUGUAUUGGAUUUCAGUUACAAUAAGGUUAUAAUGGUAUAUAUAUAUAUAUAUAUAUAUCCAAUAAACUUAAAUAUAUAAA